UGUGCGGACUGUGUUGUGUGCCAGUUUUUUGUGAAGAAACUUUUUGCAGUUGUUUCAGAUAACAUUACGACUAUGCUCCCGACGGCAGUGCCAACGUUUCCCCCCAAAGACUGUCAUCUAGCGUGCCCCCACCUGUGUAUGACUGACAGAGUUAUGUGACGGAUGUUGGUGUCACCGGGACAGUUACAUGGUUGUUAGAGUGAUACAGUGGUAGACGAUGCAUUUGUCGAGUGAAGUGAGUUCGACUACGAGCGGGUUGGGCCACGAAGCCCCGUCGUCGAGUUACGGCAACGCGUUGCCGAGUCAGCCGUUGACUGCGGAGUUGUUAGCCGAAAGGACGCUGGAGGGGCUGUUGGCUGAUCACCCGGGUGAGCUGGUGAAGACCGGGAGCCCUCAUGUUGUAUGUACAGUCCUUCCCCCACACUGGCGGUCGAACAAGACCUUACCCGUGGCGUUCAAAGUGGUGGCCCUUGGUGACGUUGGCGACGGAACCCUGGUCACAGUCAGAGCCGGGAACGACGAGAACUGCUCUGCUGAGCUGAGGAACUGCACUGCGGUCAUGAAGAACCAGGUCGCAAAGUUCAACGACCUGAGAUUCGUCGGCAGGAGUGGCAGAGGAAAGUCGUUCACCCUAACGAUAAUGCUGGCCACGUCGCCCCCACAAGUGGCGACGUACCAGAAAGCCAUCAAGGUGACGGUGGACGGGCCUCGGGAGCCCCGUUCAAAGACCAGGCACCACGGCUUCCACCCGUUCCAUUUCGGACCACGUUUCGCACCGGACCCUUUGAUGGGGUCGCUACCUUUUAAAUUAUCAGGCAUAGCGCACCAGCUAGCCGGUCUGCCCGGGGGAGAGUGGGGCGCGUUAGCCCGCCACUACCCCCCGCCACUCCUCCCGUCGCACGCGCACUUCACGCCGCACGUGCUACCACCAGCGCACGCGCAGCCGCCACACGUGCCGCCGCCGCCGCACGAGACUGAUGUCACAUCGGAGACACCAACGACGAUGCACGCUCACAGCACGACCAGUCCCGCCAACUCUCGCCCGAGCUCGCCCCAGGAUGACGACAUCUCCGUGACGGCUUCAAGCAGUCCCCCGCCAGACGAUCGUCCGGGAGCAUUCACAUCAGUUACCAGAACACGAAAGCCGCUGCAGCCGCUGCCAGCACCCUCGAGUCUUUUUCACAGCGCUUUAGCCGCUCAACUAUUCCUCAACUCACCUCUUCUACCCACGCCACCAGCCUGGUUGUACUCACAACUAUACGGAGGCUACGAUUGGUGGCUGAGACCACCUCCGCCACAAGAAGACUCCAACCAUUCAAGUCCAGAGAGAGAAGAAGAAGGCUCGACCACCUCAGCUGCUAGCAAGAAAAGACCAGCGUCUCCUGAGUGGUCAGAACAAGGCGUCCGGACCCGCAGCAAAUCUCUCAUCACGUCAGAAAGACGGCCGGUGGACGUGUGGCGUCCAUACUAG